ACUCGUAAGGUGUACACAAUGCUGUGUGGAGCUUUCAUAGCAACACUGUUCAUACCUAAUGACUAUUCAAUGACAAUAGCAGGUUUAGGUAUUGGUUUCAAGCUGUUCAUAAUUGAUAAUAUUUAUAGAAAGUAUCCAAAUGUGAAAAAGAAAUAUGAUGGCUUGGCACGAAUGUGGAGGUCAUUACCAACUCACAAAGAUGUCAUAACCCUCCAGUCAAUGACUGAAGAUGAAAUACGUGAACAUUGUCAAAGUGGCAGUGAAUUGUCUUCUCUAACAAGCUCCUCUUCUAUUCUCUCAAUUAAGGACACCUCAUUUUGUGAAAGAUUCCAAUUAUCAUUUGAAGAGACACCACUUGAAAGUUGGAGGUCAGGUAAAAGAUGCACACUGUUAGACAAGGACCAUCCACUCACUGGUUCCAAGCAAGGACGCAUAUUCCUUACACACAGCUUUCUAUGUUUUGAGAGGUCACCGAGACCUAAUGACAGUGCUGAUAGGUUUACCAUUUCUUUGGGUGAUAUUAGCAAGAUAUGCAAAGCUAAACCUUUUGCAGUUCUACCAGGCAGUGGCAUGUCAAUUGAAGUAACAGUCAAAGGCAGAGAAAAACCAUAUUUAUUCGGUGCUAUACUCCAUCGCGAUCAAGCCUACCUCUCCAUAUGCGAUCAAGCUAUGAUCAUCGGUCUCCCUUGGGGCAGCGACCUUGACUCGAGUGAGAGACAAACCUUUUCAACUCUUUCUGCAAGAGACCCCUCACCUUCACGGGAGAGAAGUGGAGGAAACACGUCACUAGAAGAAAGUACUGGAGAUGAUGAUGCAAUGACUAUUGGUGCCCACAUGUGAUAUGCUGCACUAAAGUAUUACAAAUUGUGUGUCGUCAUAUAACUAUUAGAUGC